CACUCUGGUUAUUGGCCACACUGCCACUCUACAGAUUUUUCGAGGCGUAAUUUACACUCUACACAUUUGACAAACUUCCAACAAAGGGAUAAAUGCACCAGCAAAAGCAUCGCUUGAAAUAUGAUUCGAAAGGGAACGAGAGAUCAAAAUGAUAUAUCGCUGAUCAUUGGGACGCUGCCUAAACGUCUGCAGAAUAAAAUCGCGGCCAGCUGCAGCCACAGCCACGCAGCAACAACAACAGCGUUGGAGACGGAAAACGCUGAAAAUGCGGAGCCAGUUGCUACGACUGCGAAUGCUUCAAGGCCAGUCGCAAUCCUCAGCAAGGCGGCUCCUGGGAAACCUAAUCCCGACGCGGCCCAUCCCGUUUUGGAUACCAGCGGGAAACUAGUGCGGGAAGGUGGAAUUCCUGGCAUCUUGCGCGUAGCACCCUCUGUAACGGGUGGUGGAAAUAAAAAUGGAAAUGGCAAAUGCGGACACAAUGCUCGUCGCAGGGGUCGUAACGCGCACAUUGGCAAGGAUAAGGAGCAUGCUCCGCAGUCGCCAGUUACGCGCACCCGUUUGACCACUGAGCAUCCGGAUUGGUUUGAACCUCUAUUGAACAUGCCACAUUCGAAAAACAUUGUCCAGUUGUAUGAUCAGCUAAUGGUUCUAAAUCAAAGGAAUCUUAUAUUAGUGAACUGGAAGAACUUUUGCUAUAUUCACGACCAGCUGCAGGACGCCUUCAAGCAUCUUAUUUUAGAACAGCUUAAGUUUGUGUGUGAGCACAAGGUCGAUGUUUUCUUUUGGAAACUACUUUUCUACAAUGUGCGGGAUCACCUGAAGCGACAGCAAACGGACCAGGCGCACACCCAUACUCUCAUUUUGAUUGAGCAAGCCACCAAGUUUUACCGCUUGGUCUACGACAAGUUGAUGACCAAGUGUGUAGUAUCGUCGCGUUGUGAGAGCGCUCUCAAAGUGGUGGCCCAGCGACUGCUUAUAUGCCUGGGUGAUUUGUCGCGCUACCGGGUUAAUCACGUUAAAGCUACGGACUAUGUAGAGGCGGCUAAAUACUAUCAAAAGGCGCAGGAGCUGGUGCCCGGCAAUGGGGCACCUUACAAUCAGCUGGCGGUCAUAUCCAUGUAUCAUCACAAACGAUUUGAUGCCGUUUACUAUUACGUCCGUAGUCUGUUGACAUCCAACUCAAUUCAAACGGCCAAGGAAAGCCUUCUCGAUUUGUUUGACGAGAUUCGGCGCAAGUACGAGGAGACCGAGAUGAAACAAUCUCCCAUGCAUUGUGCAGUGGCGCCGAAGAACCAAAAGUCAAAACAGAUGCGGAAAGAGGUCUGGAUCUAUCCAGACGGAAUUCGACGCCUACAUCGCACCGACGAUAAGGGCAAUAAGGCAAAAGGCAACAAGGCGACCGUGGCCGAAGUCAACCGUUAUGAGGAGAUGGCACCGGAGGAGCUUCUGCCUCGCAUCGUUUCGCUUUAUUUAUAUCUAAUAGGCAAACUCUAUACCGGUACAGACGUGGACUCGUUAUAUCCAUUGCUUAGGAAACUGCAAAUACAAAUGGGCGCUGCGCUUAAGCACAACAACCUGUUGUCACGCUCCAAACUGCUGAAAAUUGUGGCACUCAACUUGUUCGUCGUCGAGCACAACAAACGGAAAACGUCACGCCGGGAGAUGCGUUAUCACAGCUUUAAUUUUGCCAACUCAUUUUUUGGACUCAUGCUGAAGAAAAUAAACCAGUUGCUGGUCGGUUUCGUGGAGGACUCUACAAAUAUCCAGUGUCUUCCAGAAGAAGACUUUACAACAGUCAACACUUAUUUGCAGUAUGUAAAGGUUUAUGUUCAUUGGUUGAGCAUCAAUGUCGAUGUUUGGGAACCUGUCAGAACGGAAGAACAUUCUUUCAUAGAUUGCUGGGCUGAGCUAUUCACUCUAUUCGAGUACAUUGAAUGCCUUUUAGGAAAGCAGAAACCGGGAAAAAAGGAAAUUCUUUUGGAUGAAGAUAUUGCCCUUAGCGGAUUUAGCCCAUUGGGUCGUGAAUCGAUGAGCAAGGAUUGCCUCAAACGCGGACCAGAACGCGUUCAGUUCAUCGAACGUAUGCGAAGGAUUGCUCAGUUCCAGGACUUUUAUGGCCAGCAUCAAAAGUCUUUGCAACAGCCUCUGGACUCGAGCUUCACCAUUGAGGAUCUAAACGCAGCUAUGAAGAACGCCUUGGAAAGCUUUGACGCUGAAAGUUGUGGUCUUGCAGUAAACGUGUCAAAGGUCCAAAGUCAAGCUGUUGAGGAAUUGCUAUGUCCUUCCACUGACGCAGACGUAUCCCAGCUGUGUAAGCUGAAGAAGGAACUUGAGGCCAAGGCUAAGGUUAAGCAGAUAUGCACCAGCAAGCUAGAGGAAAUCCUCAAGUUCGUGGACACCAAAAUUUACAUUGAAGUGCGUCCGCGUUAUCUUCUACCCGACACCAACUGCUUCAUCGAUUGUCUAGAGGACUUUGAAAAACUAUCCACAGAGUUCAAGCGUUACACUCUAAUUAUACCAUUGACAGUGGUCAAGGAACUAGAUGGAUUGUCCAAGGGCGUUAAGUUGGACUUAUACCGCAGCUCGAAGCAAACACAGCGCAUUCACCACUUUGACGAGGUGUCGUCUCGGGCAAAAAAGUCGUUGGAGUUUAUCAAGUCGGCCAAGAGCAAUGUCAAAUGUGCUACCACAAAAGGCUCAUUUGUCAAUGCUUCGGUGUUUGCCUUAGUUGAGGAAGAGUAUCUAUCUAACGACGACAAAAUUCUGGCAACAGCCGUGGCUGUAUCAAAAACGGCCAAAACCGAACAAUGCACAGAUGGCAAGUGUUUCAUUCAAACGGAAUUAGUUCUUAUUACCACCGAUCGUAAUCUUCGUGUCAAAGCCCUUUCUCGGAAUUUAGCAGUCAGCGCAUUGGAUGAGUUCCUGCAAUGGGCAAAGGAUUGUCGUGACUCAACCUGAAGGCCCAGUUGGUUUGCAAAUAGACCGGCUAACAAUGUAAAUGAACUCGUCCGUCGCAUGAUGCGGUGUGGAGCGAGCUCGAGCUAAUAUAUUACCUACAUUAUACAUAAAUGACUAUGUAAGUCGGGGUCGGCAGAUGCAGACACAUACGCUGGCCGCGGAUACGUACACGACGUGGGUUCCAGAGGACUGGGACACGGGUACACAGGCGCGGAUGUUGUGUUGUUUCCCCGGGGUGAUGCUUUGUCCAAGCACAUCACGUUGGUUUUCAAUCAUCUAAUUUGUUUUUUCUCAUUUCAAAUUUAUAUUUUGUGACUUUCGGAAUAAUUAAAUCAUUUUGGAUUGUUGUUCAAUUAA